AUGAGCCUCUACCGUCACUGUUCGGCAGGUGGCACCAUUGCGUUUUCUCCCACCGCAAGCUCUAAAAACAACGAGGUAGAAACCGGAAGUAAGACUUAUCCAUUGAUGUUAGACAUGUUACCUGCAACUGUCACAACAAGUAAAGACAUGACAGCACUUCCUACAGAGGAGGAAGAGGAUGAUGACGGUGGAGGAGAUGCAGCUGUUGACCAGAAAUGUCAAACUAAAGGUCUAAAGGAUAAGAAGACUAGAAGGAGGAUGUGGAGGGAAAAGAAAAAACUAAAGAAAAAUAUGAAGUCAGAUGAACCGCUGGACACUCUCAUGUCUGAGCUUCCAUUUGCUUUGACAAGCCCAACAUCAUGGAAGGAGUUGGGAUUUACUAGCACAAAUCAAAAACUAAAGAAAAGAAAGAGGGGAGAAAUUGGAGAGCGAGCAGACAGUGAAGAAGACACUAGCAAAAAGAAGAAAAAGAAGGAAAGUAAAAGACCAAACUACUUUCUCUCCAUCCGCAUCACUAACCCACAGAUAAGCUCUGCAGUGGCGGAGGUCCAACAGGCAGUUCUUCAGCAGGAGCCCAAACUGUCCAAAGCCAUGAUCCCAAUCCCCUCUCUGCACAUAACAUUAUUAGUCGCUCAUCUCGCUAACCAGGAGCAAGUUGACCUGGCGGCGACCGUGCUGGCCGCGGUCGAGCCGUCAUUGGCUGAGCUGCUGGGUGGGCAGAGCCUUGUGCUGCCAUUCUCCGGCAUCGGUCAUUUCAGGAAGGAGGUGGUGUUUAUUGGGCUGGCCCCUGGAGAACACAGACAUACACUGCACAGCUUGGCAGAGUUGUUACGCAGUCGUUUUGAGGAGCAGGGUCUUCUUCAGGGAGACUGCCGUGGGUUUGAGCCUCACCUCACCAUUAUGAAGCUGUCCCGUGCAUCUAAACUCAAAGCACAGGGUAUUAAACGUGUGGACCCAUCGCUUUACUCUAACUACUCAGAAAGAUUUUUUGGAGACCAGCCGGUUGAGAGAGUUGAUCUUUGUUCCAUGUUGAAAAAAAAGCAACAGGAUGGAUACUACUACACGGAGACCUCACUGCAACUUGAUUUGACUCAGCGACCACUCCAUACCAAACGCUCAAGUGGGCAUCGGUCUGAGCCAGACGAGGCAGAGCUUCUGAGGGUCAGUAAACGAUUGGUCGAAGAUGCCAUCAAUCGGGCGUUGCAGCAAUACAAACAGGAAACGCUUCAGAACGGGGGCGGACCUAACGCCACGGCGAUGCAGUCUCCGGGAAACAACGAGGAUACAAAAACAGACACUACAGCUAACUCCACCUCUGACCACAGGAAGUGACAUCACCGGACUGAGGAACUAAGACUGAUCAAGCCACCUCUUGGAGAUGUCAAGCUGGAGACAAGGCAACAAAGCCCUGGGCACUAGCCCGGACCAGUUAUGUGCGCUCAGUGUGGUUCAAAGAUAACCUAGCAAUAGCCACUUCACAAUGGCUAAUCUAUGAUGCUACUACUAGCUCUCAGUGCUGGUAAACACAGUGUAGCUUGAAAUCAAUGCUAGGUGACUUGUUGACAUUAACAUCAGACAACAAGACGUUUCCCUCAAUCCUGGUGCACUUUUGUUUGUGCACUUCACCAAGCACUCCUAGAUAUAGACACCCCCCGAGGGUUCACUGUGACCUGCCUCUCACAAACUGCCCUUUUAGAAGAAAAAAAAACUACAGCUGUUUAAACUUUCUAAGAUCUUCUUAAUAUGUUUUCAAGAUAUGUGUGUGGUUUAUUUUCAGAAAAGGAAUUGAAAAGAAUAAGUUACUAUGACUUGUGUGGGCCUAUGCUGGCGUAUUUAUGUUUAUUAACUACAGCUGUUUGAUUUUUGAUUACCUAAGCUUACGUUCGAUGAUUUCAACUACACAUUGCUUGUAAUUUUGCUUUUCCUCUGCAACAGCAUUAACCGUGACAAUCACGACAGCCCUUUUCACAACCAUUUUUCUAUUAAAAUAUCAGUUUCUAUUUCCAUAAAGUUAAGGAGGCGGUAGACACUAAAUUAGCAAGUCAUUCUCAAAACACUAUGAGUUGUGAAGAUGGUUUUUCCAUGUUGCCAAAUCCUUUCAGUAUAAUGUUUUUCGUUACAAUAGCUAAUUAAUAACAAAUUAACUUGAAUGAAUUAAAUCAAACCAUUUCUUUGUACUAAGUUAAAGGUGCAUUAUGUAACUUUUCUGAUGGGGGGGCUGUUAGCUGCUUGAAAUGCGAUUGCUUUGAAUGUGAUGUUCCACAGUAUGACCUUAAAUUUAGCUAUCUUGUAUUUACUCAGUUAUGUUUUAAUGCUAACAUAUUAAUUGGAAAAGAUUACGGUGAGAGUUGGGUCAGCUCUCCACAGAUCUGAACUGUAACUUUGCUUAGUGGCUAGGCCUGCUUGUCUCCAUGGAUAUAGCUAUGUUUAAUGCCAUGCUGUGGAGUGUCCCAAGCAAAGUGAUAACAUUUUCAUAAAGGUAAGAAGUAGCUCACCCUCCACCAAAAAAACAAGCAAACAUUGUACUUUUAAUUUGAAAUGCUAUAAGAUCUAAGUAUUGUAGGCUGGAUGAGAGCGUUGGAUGAGAGAGUUACAUGCAGCGAAUGCCAAGUACAGCACAGACAGUAUUCAUGUGGGGAUGCUAAUGUGACUGAGGUUAAUCCUUCACAAUAGCUGCGAGUGCUUCAUUUUUCAGGGUCUUCCAUCCAGCGUGUCCACCUCCUCAUUAUGUCUCUGGCCUCUGCGUGCUGCCAAGUGAAAAGCUAAUGCUUUAAAUCCACUAAAGACACCGAAAGCUGACUCAUAUAAGCAUGUUUUAACUCACAAUGGAUUUUAUUGAUAUCGAAUGUGAAGGUUUUUUUAUUUAGCGAGAAAAGCACAAUUAUCUUUGGUUUUAUAACUGUCCUUUUUAUUUAAUUUUUUUUUUCCAAGGCAGGUAAUUCUAGAUGCUGUUGCUGAAUCACCUCUGAUCAAAGUGGCCUUCACUCCGUCACAAAAAAAUUGAGGAUUUUGUUUUGCUUUUCCAAGAAGUGCUUCAUAUGAGGACAUCCAUGUCAUGUCUAAUAGUUAAAGAAGCUCAUUGUCUUUUAUUGUGUGAGUGGUGAGAAUCUAUAAUCAUAAAAGUCAUAAUUGCCAAA